GACCUGCGCACAUCCAUGGACGGAAAGUACAAGGAGAUUGCUGAGGAGCUUUUCUCCCGCAGCCUCACAGAGAGUGAGAUGCGAAGCGCCCCCUAUGAAUUUCCAGAGGACAGCCCCAUCGAACAGCUGGAGGAGAGACGUCAGCGCCUCGAGCGGCAGAUCAGCCAGGAUGUCAAGUUUGAACCAGACAUCCUGCUGCGAGCCAAACAGGAGUUCCUGAAGACUGACAGUGCCACAGAUCUGGAAUACAUGAAGGAGCAAAGCCAAACUCCUGACCUGCAGAGAGAGCCAGUUCCAGAGAAAGAGUACCAGCGGGUCACUAUUUCUGGAGAGGAGCAAUGUGGGGUCCCCUUCACAGAUCUGCUGGAUGCUGCUAAAUGUGUGGUGAAGGCCUUGUUCAUAAGACAGAAGUACAUGGGUCUGUCACUGCAGAGCUUCUGCAGGACCACCGCUCGUUACCUGCAGGAGCUCAGUGACAGACCCCUGGACUUAGAUAUCUAUGAGGAGGAGAGCCCAGAGACAACAGAGACCACAGUCACUGCAGGUGCCACAGUGCACCCACCUGUUUCUAAAACGCACCCGUAUGUGAACCUGGACCCUGCCAGCAUGCCCCCUGAUAUGGGUUAUGGCUGCAAGAUGGUGGACGGUGUCAUGCAUGUGUACACAACGAGGAACAUAAUGGAAAAGAGCACAGAGCUGGACUUGCCGUAUCCAGACCUGCAGGAAUACAUCGCUGAUAUGAACGUCAUGAUGGCCCUCAUUAUCAACGGACCAGUAAAGUCCUUCUGCUACCGCCGUCUGCAGUAUCUUAGCUCCAAGUUCCAGAUGCACAUCCUGUUGAAUGAGAUGAAAGAGCUCGCAGCACAGAAGAAAGUCCCACAUCGAGACUUCUACAAUAUCCGCAAGGUCGACACACAUAUCCACGCCUCAUCCUGUAUGAACCAGAAGCAUCUUCUGCGUUUUAUCAAAAGAGCCAUGAAAAAGUAUCCUGCAGAGAUUGUGCAUGUGGAAAGAGGAAAGGGUCAGACGCUCAUGGAGGUGUUUGAGACCAUGAACCUCACAGCCUUCGACCUGAGUGUGGACACCCUGGACAUGCAUGCAGACCGUAACACUUUCCAUCGCUUUGACAAGUUCAAUGCCAAAUACAAUCCCAUUGGCGAGUCCAUCCUGAGAGAGAUCUUCAUUAAAACGGACAACCACAUUGAGGGGAAAUACUUUGGUCACAUUAUUAAGGAGGUAAUGGCUGACCUGGAGGAGAGCAAGUACCAGAACGUGGAGCUGAGGCUGUCCAUCUAUGGGCGUUCCAGAGAUGAAUGGGACAAACUGGCCAAGUGGGCAGUGAAACAUCAGGUCUACUCAAACAAUGUGCGCUGGCUCGUGCAAGUGCCGCGACUUUUUGAUGUCUACCACACAAAGAAACAGCUGUCCAACUUCCAAGAGAUGCUGGAGAAUAUCUUUAUGCCUCUGUUUGAAGUUACUGUCAACCCCAGCAGCCAUCGAGAGUUGCACCUCUUCCUUCAGCACGUUGUGGGGUUUGACAGUGUCGAUGACGAGUCGAAACCAGAGCAACAUAUCUUCAACCUGGACAGUCCGCUGCCAGUCAACUGGACAGAGGAGGACAACCCGCCCUACUCAUACUACCUCUACUAUAUGUAUGCAAACAUGACUGUUCUGAAUCACCUGCGCAGGCAGCGGGGGUUUCACACACUUGUACUACGUCCUCAUUGUGGCGAGGCAGGGCCAAUCCAUCACCUGGUGUCUGGUUUCAUGCUGUCAGAGAACAUCUCCCAUGGGCUGCUGCUCAGGAAGGCUCCUGUGCUCCAAUAUCUAUACUACUUGGCCCAGAUAGGCAUCGCCAUGUCUCCCCUAAGCAAUAACAGCCUGUUUCUCAGCUACCAUCGCAACCCUCUGCCAGAGUACCUGUCCAGAGGCCUGAUGGUGUCUCUGUCUACAGACGACCCGCUGCAGUUUCACUUCACUAAGGAGCCGUUGAUGGAAGAGUACAGCAUCGCAGCUCAGGUGUGGAAACUGAGCUCCUGUGAUAUGUGUGAGCUGGCCAGAAACAGUGUGCUGAUGAGUGGAUUCUCUCAUAAGGUGAAGAGCAACUGGCUUGGCCCACACUACAUCAAGGAGGGACAGGAGAGCAAUGACAUCAGACGCACCAACGUUCCUGACAUCCGUGUGGCGUACCGGUAUGAGACCAUGUGCGAAGAGUUGAAUUUAAUCACACAGGCCAUCCGCACAGAUGAGCUGGAGACCAUCGAGGAGGAGGGCAGUCUGUGUAUGGCAGCUGUGCAGAGAGAAAAGUGA